CCAACCCAUACUUCGACACCCCCCACCUCCACCCUCACCCCUCCACGGGGACGGAACAUUCCUCCUCUUCGCUACGGACUCGACGGCGACAUAACACGGCCGAAGAAACGGACUUUACGGGGGAUUGUUUCUUCUCAUGACCCAGGCCCAGGACAAAUAAGGUCUAUGUUGGGUCGCGGCGUGAAGCGGAAGUGGAGCUGCGUGGAGGGGUUGGACGCGGCCAGCGAGGAGAAGCAGCGGCGCGGUGAUGGCGAGGUCGGCACCACGGAGGCAAUAUCAGGCGGCGCCGGCGACAUGCGUCAGCGCGUGCUGGGCCUCAGCCUGGAGAAGCUGCAACGCUACCGGGCCGGCGUGGAGCUCAGCCUGCGUCGCUCGGUGCUUCUCAUCAACACGCUGCGGCAGAUUCAGGACGACAUGCUCAACAACUCAGAGCAGAACAAGAGUGCGAUCCUCUGCACUCCGGACUCCCCUCUCCUUUAUGAGGACCAUACGUGUCCCAGGUGUGCGGAGGGUGGCAGAGACAGUCCGUCCACACAACUGGAAUCCUCCCAGGACGCGAACAUUGGGGCGUUUAGCGAUGUGGUGAACGCCAUGGGCUACCUCGGGGACUUGGCCCUGGACGAUAUCUUCGAAGACAUCGAUACGUCCAUGUACGAAACAUCUGACCUGUCCGGGGGCUGGACGGCGGGCUCUCUGUGGCCCCUCAGCAUGUCCCUCUGGGCGGACAAUAAUGAGAAAGGCACCAGUGGAGGUCUCCAGUCAUGCUUGAUGGACGUCAGUGAGCUGGAUCACAUCAUGGAGAUCUUGGUCAAGUCCUGAUCCACCAGUACAUAGAAACCCUGCGUGGUUGCCUUCGGCAUUCGUGACUUUGUCACCAGGUUUUCUUGGGCCAUUCUGUUGACACAACACUCCUCGUUUUUGGAAGUCAAGACGCUUUGACGCCACUGGGGCUUCUUUGCUGCCUCGUAUCUCUCAAUUGUAUUUUGAUGGCAUUUUUGUUUUUAUGAUUGAGGUUUUAUGGAAGUAGUUUUGUAUAUGAAAACCUCCAGGGCAAAAUUUUUUACUGUUUACUCCCAUUCUACCUCUUGAUGUCGGCACUCCUGUUAACCGGUCGUUCAGAAUUUUAACUUUCCCGCAAGCACUCAUUUCAACAAUGUGCCUUACUGUAUGUACGUCUCAGGCCACGUCCACACAUUCAGGAACUUGUGAGCCAAUCACAAUGAGGAUUUCAAAAAACACCUCUCUUUGUACACAAGAAUGCAUUUGUCGAGUUUGGUGUCCAUAUCAACCAAUCUGAAGGCUGAAAAAGCUACAUCAGCAGGUCAUCCAUUUUCUAUCAUACCGAUUCAUACCAAACACCAUUUAGAGUCUUCAACGACCCCAGAUUUUUGGGAACGUAGCAGCCAAGAUUUAAAGCCAGAACCUCUCAACGAUAAGGUUGACAUGUCAAACACGUGGACCAAAAACUUCGGCCAGUACAUAACCCUAACGUUUUCUUGAGGACCAAUGGCCCGAAUGCAAGUAAAGGAAAAACAGCCUAAUGCAAGAAAACGAAAACCAGCCUUUCUGACAAUAUCUGCGUUGAUGUGGACAUGGCCUGAGGCUACUUGAGCGUCAUACACUCAAGCACACAAACCCGCCCCACCACAGCCCUCUUCUGUGCUCUGGCUUCAUGUUUCCUCGCAGGGUGACAAGCAAAUCGCCAGGGAGGGGCUGGCAAGAAGGACGACGGAGGAGGGGCAGGGGUGGGUGAGGUGGUUGAGGAAGCACCGCUUACGUCACUCGUCCAUUGGGAGGAGCUUCCACCUUGUUUUGUCCAAGGCUGGUGCAGCUGGCCAAUUGCGUGAGACCUAUGCUCGCUCCUGUGACUUGUUUUUAAGUCUUUCUCUUCUGUGUAGAAAGACCGAGAGCAUACAGAGGAGGCUGACCAAUGAAAUAUUAUUUGUUAUUUAAUUACAGAGAACGCUGCAGUGUUAUUUAUACGUGUGUUGGGGUUAUAUAAGCACAAAAGCUGUAUGUUGUAGAGAAAGCUCUUUAUAUAUAUAUUUAAAUGUAAAUGAAUGCAGGAUACUUUUACUGGUAAUAAUUCAUAUUAUGUAUUUUAUAGGUUUUAUUAACCAAUACAGAAACUAAAAAACAACACUUGUCCUUUCUUAACUACCGACAAAACAUACAUGUGUACGCAAACACAGACUAAUUCAAUACACUCCCUUUACCUAAUAAUUUUAAGAAAUAAUGUUAACAUGCUAGCAGCAUUGCGUAAGUCAUUUGAACAUAAAGAAAAAAAUGGACAAAAGGUAACUAAUUUGUCAACUCAAACCGCUGAGGAUACAAAAGCUCGGCGAAGGUUGCUCUCUGGUGGUUAAACGACCGUAAUGCAGGUCCACUAUUGUACACAACGUUCUCUGUUUAUGACGGCACCGAUAUGACGGCUUGAGGGACGAAUAUGCAGCUACGCUGUUUCUCAUUGGACUUACUAGCUGUCAUGCCAAGAUUUCCUAGUGUCUAAACUUGUAAAUAAAAUAAAAAACAUAGGCUGGU